AUGGCUCGCCUUUCGGAAGAGCAUUUCAAGAGCAAUACUAGCACGCCCGCGCGCAAACCCAGUCGUUUCAAGGAGAUAUUCCGACACAGGCCAAGCACGAGCUCGAAUUCAACAAGUCCAAACACGCUGACCAGCUCGGCGCCCAUAGCCAGUCCGCUUGCGUCACCGAAGAUGAGAUUAGGCUUCGAAAAGGUGGGCUUGCUACCGAGUGAGCGUACAUCUCUCGAUGCUGCUAAACGCGAGCUAGAGAACAACGGCGGGUCCGCAGUCAGUGAGGCAAUGGAGAUGGAGGUACACGAGCUUUCGGGCGAGAUUGCCCCGCACAACCUGGAAACAGGAUUGAAUAUUUCAGGAACUACGCAUGCAGAUGAGGUAGCUGAGAUGACAGGGAAUCAAAAGCGCGGAAAGGAGGAACAGGGCUUCGAGCAGUCGUUUGAGAAAUUCCUGAAACAGCGCAAGGAGCACACGGUGGGCGAUCAUAGUAUGGCUGAGGGCUCGAGCUCGCAGAUUCUCGAACCGGCGACCACGGAAACUACAAUCGCGGGAGACAAGCAGCGUAAAUCUGCGUCAGUAGGCUCUGAGAAAAAUCAGUUUGAAGCUGUCGCGCAGCCAGACGAUACCUUCAAGAGUUCGAAUGACCACAGUGAUAGCCACAUGGCCUUCCCAUCCGACAUGUUGAACGCCGAUAACCCGCUCAGUCGUGGCAUCCGCGAGUACGUCUCUAGCGAGGUCGCUGCAGCCCUAGUAGCGCAUGAGCGCAAGCAAGUCUACCAGCUCCCAAAGACCGUCGAUGCUCCGGGCCAUAUCACUUUCAACCUCGACAUCUCUGGUCUCGCAAAGUCGGCUCGCCUCAAUGUGGUCAAGAUUACGGAAAACAAGCUCUCUAUACUCGAUGGACCGAAGAGCAUCGGCCCACUGACAAUCGCCCAUUCCAGAAUCGCCUGCGACAUUCAGCUCAGUGUCAUCGCCAUUUACCUCACCUUCACACUCGGCGCUGCCUUUCUCGGUCCGAAGACCUUGCUACUCACCCUUUGGAGAAUUGGUGUAGUUCUGACAGUCUAUGCGGUAGUUAUUCGUCGCCUAGAUUGGAAGGAUGAUUCGCACAGUGAUCUGAUUCUUUCCCCUGUCUGCUACUUUGGUCGCGAAGUGCAGAUUUUCAGCGGUGAAAUGGCCAAAGACUUGGCGGAGACAUUCUUUCAGUUGUCAGGAAUUGCAGUGACAGACAUAGAUGGGCACCAGAAGGAAAAGUAG